AUGUAUAGAUUGUACAGUCCAGUGGAAAAGUAUGGUAAUAAAAGUCAGGGCCGUGGUGUUCGUACAGCUAGAUUAGCUGAUAUUGGUCGACCUCAUAGGGAUCCUACAGUUAUACCUCCAUCUCUUGAAGGGGUGGCAGAUCAUGUUUUACCCGAGAGCGGAGAAGGACAUGGAGAUUCUGUUUCUCAUGAUGUUGAAUCAAGAACAUAUCCGACUGCACCAUCAUUUCCUUCAGCACCUGCAGUUGCACCUCCUGUCGCACCUGCAGCUCCACCUUUUGUUUCACCUGUAGCACCAGCCCAUCCUUUUCAGAUAAAUGCCGACCUGGAUAAAUGGUUAAAGAAAGUGCUAAAAGUGUUUGAAUUAAUGAAGUUGACUGAUCCAGAGAAGGUGGAAAAUGUACAUGGUUUACUUCAGGGUAAGGCUGAUGCUUGGUUUGAUGGCAUUCGUCGUAGACAUGGAGUCAGACUGACUUGGGAUCAAUUUAUACAUGAAUUUUGCCAGGAAUAUUUGUCAGAAAGUUAUAGGAAAGGAAAACAUGAUGCCUUUUUCAGGUUGUUUCAGGGAAGCCUCUCAAUAAGAGAAUAUGUAGACAAGUUUGAAGAUCUUUAUUAUUGCUUUGUUUCAGAUAUAUUGCCUUCUGAGGAAGCAAAAUGUGACAGAUUCAGACAGGGUCUACAUGUUAAUAUCAGAUCAUCUAUGACCUGGUUCAGAGGUAAUAACUUCAGAGAGUUGGUGGAAGCAGUUUUGAAUGUUGAAAAAGUUAAGCAAGAAGAGAAAGAGUAUGAACAGAAGAUGAGUAGAAAGCAUUUGCAGGGCUCACAGGGGUUUAGAGAAAGACCAACUAAGAGAGGGAGCAGUUCAUUUCAGUCCCAAGCUGGAUACAGUGGUAGUGGUAGAGGUUCUUUUGUUAACACAGAGCAGCAGGUUGCUCGACCACAGUCCAAUCAGAGCUCAGUAGCACAACCAGCGGGUAGUUCCUUUGGGGCACAGAGACGUGGACAAGGACAAGGAUAUGAUUCUGGGUUUGAACAAAGGAAGAGACAUUUUCCUCAAUGUGCCACCUGUGGUAAACAUCAUGCUGGGGAGUGCAGAAAAUUCGAUAGGGGUUGUUUUGAAUGUGGUUCUUCGGGCUAUUUUAAGAGAGAUUGUCCAUUGCUGAUAGCCAGAGACAGUGGUUCUCAGCAAGGAUCAGUGGCGCCUCAGAAUCUAAGGUAUGGUGUGACACCAUCACAGGGUGUACCUACGGCACAAGUGGGGCCUGGCACAAGCAGAGCCAGUGGAGCUACUUCAUCUUCUCAGUCUAGACCAACGAUGCAACCUGGCAGACCUCGCACUCAGGCCAGAGUUUUUGCUGUGACACAGCAGGAGGCACGAGCAUCUCCAGAGGUGGUGACUGGUAUGUUAACUAUUUUCGAUAAAGAUGCACACAUUCUUAUAAAUCCUGGUUCCACUCACUCUUUCGUAUCUCAAUCCUUCUCUAAGCAUGCUGAUAGAGAAUUAAAACCUUUAGACUGUGGAUUAGCUGUGAGUACUCCAGUUGGGGAUUCUGUAGUAUGUGAACAUGUGUAUAGGGAUUGUGUUGUUAAGUUGGGCGACCAUGAGCUGUUAGUGGAUCUAAUUCCUUUGUGUCUACAAGAUCUGGAUGUCAUCCUAGGUAUGGACUGGUUAUCCCGUCAUCAUGCCACAAUAGAUUGCUUUGAGAAAUCAGUGGUAUUUAAUAGUCUAGAAGGGUCUAAGUUCACUUUCUUUGGGGAGAGGCGUUUACUUCCUUCUUAUGUGAUUUCCGCCAUGACUACUAGGAAGAUGCUUCGGAAGGGUUGUCAAGCAUACUUAGCCUAUGUGAUGGACAGUAGUCAGGAAGGACCUAAAUUGGAGGAUAUACCAAUAGUAAACGAGUUCCCUGAUGUAUUUCCUAAAGAGCUUCCUGGGUUGCCUCCAGAUAGAGAGAUUGAAUUCUCUAUUGAUUUAAAUCCAGGUACAGCUCCUAUUUCCAUGGCACUAUACAGAAUGGCCCCAGCAGAAUUGAAGGAGUUAAAAGCACAAUUGCAGGAGUUACUUGAUAAAGGUUUCAUAAGACCCAGUGUUUCACCUUGGGGAGCCCCUGUGCUAUUUGUGAAGAAGAAGGAUGGUUCCUUAAGGUUGUGUAUUGACUACAGACAAUUGAAUCGAGUCACAGUGUGA